AUGUCAGAACGUGGGAAGAAAACAACAAAGCUCCUUCUUAUGCCAAAGAAAACCAAGUCGGCCUUGGCUGGUCUGCAGUUCCCUGUGGGUCGUGUCUACAGGCUCCUUAAAAAAGGAAACUAUGCUGACAGGAUCGGUCCUGGUGCUGCCAUCUACCUGGCUGCAGUGCUGGAGUACCUGAGCGCAGAGAUUUUGGAACUGUCAGGAAAUGCUGCACGGGAAAAUGGGAAAGCCAGAAUCACACCCAGGCACAUCCAGCUUGCAGUGAGAAAUGAUGAUGAGCUGAACAGGCUCUUCUCCUGUGUGACCAUUGCUCAAGGAGGAGUGAUGCCUAAUGUGCUUCCUGAACUUGUUUCUAAGGCUACUACCUCACUUAAACCUCCUGUCAAACAUGCCCAGUCACAGGAGUUCUAG